CAGCGGGUCCUGGUUGUGUUUGAGUGAACACGGGCUGUGUCUCCGUUUGUGCCUCUCUGUCUCUGCUCGGGGCUCGAACACUCGCUAUGGACGAGCCGGUCAAUGUUACGGCCAUGCCUUCUAGCCGCGGGGUGGUCAUCCAGGUUCGGGAGAAGAAGAGUUGCCUGAGAGCAGCCAUCCCUUACAUGCCUUUCCCUCUGGCUGUCUUCUGCCUCUUCCUCAACACCUUCAUCCCAGGACUGGGAACCUUUGUGUCAGCCUUCGUGGUGCUGUGUGGGGCGCGGACAGACCUGCCAAACCGUCACAUGUGCUGUGUUUUCCUUCUCAACGUGGCUGCGGCCCUCAUUCAGAUCCUCACAGCGGUGGUGAUGGUGGGCUGGAUCAUGAGCAUAUUCUGGGGAAUGGACAUGGUCAUCCUAGCCAGCUACAGAGAUCAGGGGAUUCCUCACCAAGUGUAACUCCGUCCGUGGAAGGAUCAGUCGCUGUCCUGCCGUUUCCCACUCGCAGCUGCGGCUCGAGGAUGUUCAUGAGGGCCUUCAGGCUUCAGGGUGCCAGUAGGCCCAAAUGUCAGGCCGACUUUGUUUUUCUGUCAAUUAUUUAUAACUACAUUAAGGGGAAUGGUGUUAAAAAUAAACAUGGUCAGUAACACCCCGCACCACUUUCUGGAACUGCCCGUUCGGUUGACCUGCAGCGACCUUCUCUUCAACUGUUUCCAUGGUGACACCCGCCAUUUUGUCAAUGGCCGACUGUCUCCAACAGGAGCCACUGGCGACCCAGGUCUGGCCUUCCCGUAAAUUCAAGGGACACAAUGUUGUCUGUUUUGUUUUUAUGUUUCUGUCCGAGACUCGGAUUCAAAGCACUAAACCCAGUCCUCGUUUUCAAAAGAAAAGAAAAUUGGGAUGGAUAAUUCUGACGUACGCUGGGCACAAAUUCUGAAUUAAUUUGUGCUUUGGAAAAUUAGUAUGUGGACAUUUGUCCUUUUUUUUGGGGAGCCCUCAAAAACGUAGUUAAUAAUGACUAUCUGGGAAACUGAGGAUGAGUAAGGCCUCAAAAUCCAAUUUAACUCCUCAAUGCUUUGCAUGUUAUGUUUCUUCCGAGUGAAAACUCCUUGCGUCAAAGAAGGAUCAAUAUGUCUGUAAAUACUUAGGGGAAAUUCUAAUCUAGGUGAAAAUUGAGGCAGAUUGAUUGAAAAUGGAUGAUGUAACUCGUUGCUGCUUCGUCCUUCACUAUUCCUGAACACACACACACGCUUUCUCUCUCUGGAUUCUCUCCAAGAUGCACGCUCCGCUCCGCUUGAUAAACAUUGAGUCUGCUCCCUCCCUUCUGCAUUUCCCCCCUGACACCGACCCAGACGGGACAUUCUGUCCAAAUCUCCUUACGGAUUUCUGCAGGAAGCAAGAGGCAUCUAUCCGGGUGACUCAAAAAAAAUACAAGUGGAGGCACAAGAAUUCUUCAGAGAUAUUUGUGAAAGUGCCAAGAAAUGACCGGUUAGAAUACUUUUGCCUAUGAAUUUCGUAGAUUUUCAACCCAGGAUGGAUUUAUAUGUACAUAUUUGUAAACAUAUUCUGGUGUAUGUACGUUUGGGCAUUUUGGAUCUUUAGUCUAUGCAUGGAAACAAUUUUGAUAAUGUGAGUCUUUUUCACGGCCCUUGGACGGUUGGGGAUAAUGUUUGCUUCAUGUGACUAUCUUUUUAUGGGUGGUAAUUAUGUCAGUUUACUCUGAGAUGCACAGUUUAUUGAAAAGGACUGGUGGAGAUGCUUGAAUCGCUGCUGCUUUUGAUCUGACGCUUAAUGUUCAGCUAAGAUGUGUAAACUGGAACAUCAGGAUGCAUGCACAGGGAAAGAUGGUUAGCAAUUUUUCUGUAUUUCAGUAACAGUUCCUAUUUCAUUCCCAACUAAAAUUGCCAAUGCCAGCUGUUGUCCUGGACCUUGCAAUAGUUGGUCUAUCACCUGAUCACUCAGUGUCUCUUCUUUCCCCAGUUUAUAUAACCACUGAAAAUGAACCUGGCUUUGAUCAUUUUAGCUGCUUUAAGACUCCUCUGUAAACUCCCAGCCUGUCACAUCUUUGAUCUUAGAUUACAAAGAACUCUUUGAAGAUGUGUUACACUUUGUUGGACGUGCCUUUCCAAAUAAUUUCUUCGUACAUGACGUAGAAGUGCUUUCCUAUGAGUAAUUUUUGUAUUGGAUAUGGUUGUGGUUCUGUUUAUUAUGGAAGCCGAAAGGAUCGGUUAGCUCAACUGGUUGCGUGGCUGGCCUGUGAUGCUGAGUGACAAAUGAUACAGAACAAAGAACCAUAUAGCACAGGAGCCAGUUCUUCGGCCAUCCAAGCCUGAGCCGUCACUUUUUGCCCUUCCACACUAACACUGUCAUCACUCACAGGAUCUAUAUCCCUCGAUUCCCUUCCUCUUCAUGUCGUCAUCCCGCUGCCUCUUGAACGCUGCUCUUGUGUUUGCUUCCACCACUUCCUCUGGCAGCUCAUUCCAGGCACUCCCCACCCUUUGUGUGACCUGUGAACCUGCCUGGCACAUCUAUUUCAAACUUCGUCCCUCUUGCACUCCAAACUGCACCUUGAACCUAUGUCUCCUAGUAACUGAUCCCUUCACCCUGGGGAAAAGCCUCGUACUUUCCACUCUCUCCAUGCCAUUUACAAUCUUUGAAACUUUUGUCAGGUUGCCCCCACCACCACCUGUGUUCCAGUGACAACAAACCCAGUCUAUCCAACCUUUCUUUGUAGCUAAAAUCCCCCAUACCAGGCAACACCCUGGUAAACCAUACUACGCUGUCCAAAGAAUCCACAUCCUCCUGGCAAGGAGCGUAGCCCAACUAAAGUUCCAUAAAGCUGCAGCAUAACUUGCCUACUGUUUUAGUCUGUGGCCCUACCAAUGAAGGUAAGUAUGCCAUAGGCCUUUUUUACUGUCUUAUCUAUCCGUGCUCCCACCUUCAGUGAUGUGUGGACCUGCACACCCAGAUCCCUCUGCAUAUUAGCAGUCAAUGCCAACAGUCAAUUCCAACACUGGUUGAGGUUACUACAAAGGACUCCUAUUCCCCACCUGUACCCCCAACACAGUCUCUCUCCCUCCCCCCGCCUCCCCCAACACCAUUCCUGGCCUAAGGCCUGGUGACGCUCCAGUUAAACUACCACCAGACACACCCCCAUCUCUCUAAUGGGAGGGCAGAUCUGUGGUCCUCUGUGACUUUUAAUGGUUUUACCUAAUGGAGAAGUUUUAACAAGGUACCUGUUUGCUUUCCAACUGGUGCAGGGAAAGGUUGAAGGGGACAUGACAUGGAUAUAAAUGCUGUUUCAUGGAGAGGGCAAUGCAUGUUGAUGGGAUGCUGAGAUGAACUGGAAUUAUCAGCCUCUCAAAGGAUCCCCUGCUCAAUGUCCCUUUGUUCCAGGUUCCUUUUCAGUGGCGAUUGGCAGAAAGCAGGGAAAAAGAGUGUUUUGUUAGAUUAACAUGUUCAGUUCCAAUAAGGUAACCUUCAGCUUGCUGAUGCGCUUUGCUCACAACAUUUUCUAAAGGUUUUCUUCUUCCAGAAUCCAACUUGUUCCAGAAUCCAACUUGGCUGAUCUCUUCUUUCUUCAUUUGGAAGGAUGUAUGAGUUUUGUUCCAGAAUCCAACUUGGCUGAUCUCUUCUUUCUUCAUUUGGAAGGAUGUAUGAGUUUUCUGCCCCUGAUCGCACUGAUGUUGAAAGCCAACCUCAUGCCCCAGGUUGGAGUUUUACAACUUGCUGCUGUUACUGAGUCUGUCAGAAGCGGGGGCUAAUGAUUGUACAGGUCCACAAAACACAUCUGAUUGGAUUGAAGCUGAUCUGAGCAAUGAUUUUGAAAACCGUGGGGAAUGGUAAUGAAGGUGUGAGACAGAGGCAGUGUUACUCUCACUGUACAGACAUGUCGAGUGACAAAUCUCUAUAGCCUGUUCUGGUGGCACAGUCAGCAACAGCAAAGAUUCAGCCAGUUGGGGCAGAGACGAGGAGAACUCCCUUCACCCAUGAAGUGGUGAGCCUAUGGAAUUCCCUGCAACAGAAAGAAGUCGAGGCCAAAAUGUUGAAUGCUUUCAAAACAGGAUUAGAUGUAGUUGCUGAGGCUAAUGGGUAAGUGGACGAAAUUAAAAUAGGGUACUGAGAUGGAUGGUCAGCCAUAUUGAAUGGUGGAGCAGGCUUUGAAGGGCUGAAUGGCCCCCUCCAGAUCCUGUUGUCUCCAUUUCCAGUGAGCUUCCUUGACCUGCCUGCACUUCCCGGCAGUCUGCCUGUUUCUAUUUCCAUGAUUUUCUCUGGUCCUGCAGCCUGCUCAUUUCUGCGUUCAUUCUGAGUAAAGAUAAGGAGAGAUGGAGAAGUUCCUAUUGGAGACAGUAUUUUAUUUUUUAACAGUGCAUUUCCCACAACCCAUCAGAAGGAGCUAGUUGGGCUGGAAACUAUUAUAGGGGAGCUCUGAGACUUGGAAAUUGUCAUUCUUUCCAGUAAUUGGCUCCAUCAACUAAUCCACCCUGAGGUUGGAUAUGAAGUGAGCAAGACCCCAGCGUUCCACAGAUGCCGGAACCGUGGCCCAGAGACACACACCCAGGUCAGGCUUGGUGGUCCUUCGGCGCUUUUUCUGCUCUGUCACGUGGGCAGGUGAGACAGCCUCUCUGACCAGGUCAGGAUGGGAUACCCUGAGUCAGGGGUGAAGUUUCAGAGGAGCUGGUGCUUGUGUAUGUCGUCCUUCCUCAUGGUCAGCUCUGUGCAGGAGCAGUGAAGGUGUAGCGCACCACUGUCUGUGUAUUCGGACGUUCUCUUUGCUGAUUUGGCUAAAUGAUAGUCAUCAUUGGGUGAGAACAGGCCUCUCCUAUUUGCUACCCCCAUCCAUUCCCCUGCUUCUUCUAUUUUAUCUUCACCUCUGUUUGUCUUCAUUUAUUGCUCCAUCCCUUCAACCCCUGUGUUAUUUCCUCAGCUCUCCUCUCUCCUCCCCCAGGAUUAUGAGGCUUUAAUUUGGCUUACAGAAUGUGAAAAUCACCCACAGCAUCAAUAUUUAUUGCCUGUUUAUCAUUAUCCUUGAGAAGGUGGUAGUGCUGAACAGUCAUCUUGAAGUGCUACAGUUCAUGUACUUGUGGGUUGACCCACAAUGCCAUUAGGGAGGGAAUCCCAGGAUUUUGACCCAGAGAGAGUGAAGGAACAGCAAUUUAAUUCCAAGUCGGGAUGAUGAGUGGUUUGGAGGGGAAUUUGCAGUGGUAAUGUUCCCAUGUAUCUGCAGCUCUUGUCCUUCUAGAUGGAAGUGGUCAUAUGUUUGGAAGGUGCUGCCUGAGGAUCUUGUAGAUAGUACACACUGCUGCUACUGGGUGUCCAAUGGGUUGCUUUGUCCUGGACGGUGUCAAGCUUCUUGAGUGUUGUUGGGGCUGCACCCAUCCAGGCAAGUGGGGAGUAUUCCAUCACACUCCUGACUUGUGCCUUGUAAAUGGUGGGCAGGCUUGGGGACCCAGGAGUUGAGUUCCCCGCCACAGUAUUCCCAGCUUCCGGCCUGCUCUCGUAGCCAAUCUGUUAACGUGGUGAGUCCAGUGAGUUUCUGGUCAAUGGUGAUCCCCAGGAUGUUGAUAGUGGGGGAUUCAGUGAUGGUAACACCAUUGGAUGUCAAGGGACAGUGGUUAGAUUCUUUCUUCUUGGUGAUGGUCAUUGCCUGGUGUUUAUGUGGUGUGAAUAUUACCAGUUGUCAGCCUAAACCUGGUUAUUGUCCAGAUCUUGUUGCAUGUGAACAAGGACUGCUUCAGGAUCUGAGGAAUCAUGAAUGGUGCUGAACAUUGUGCAAUCAUCGGUGAACAUCUCCACUUCUGACCUUACGAUGGAGGGAAGGUCAUUGAAGCAGCUGAAAAUGAAUGGGGCCUAGGACACAGCCCUGAGGAACUCCUGCAGAGAUGUCCUGGAGCUGAGAUGAUUGACCUCCCACAACUACGACCAUCUUCCUGUGUGUCAGGUUUGACUCCAACCACUGGAGAGCUUUCCCCCUGAUACCCAUUGAUUCCGGUUUUGCUAGGGCUCCAUGAUGUCACACUCGGUCGAAUGCAGCCUUGAUGUCAAGGGCCGUUACUCUCCCCUCAGCUCUGGAAUUCAGCUCUUUUGUCCAUGCUUGAGCCAAGGCUGUAAUGAGGUCAGGAGCUGAAUGACCCUGCAGAGCCCAAACUGGGCAUCACUGAGUCAAUGCUGCUAGGUACCACUGUUAAUAACACCUUCCAUCACUUUACUGAUGAGCGAGAGUCGGGAAUUGAGUUGGAUUUGUCCUGCUUUUUGUUUUCAGGAGAAACCUGGGCAAGUUUCCACGAUGUCUGAUAGAUGCCAGUGUUGUAAUUGUACUGGACGAGCUUGGAGAGUAGCAAGUUCAGGAAUACAAGCCUUCAACAUUAUCGCUGGAAGGUUGCCAGGGUCUGUAGCCAUUCAAGUAUCCAGUGUCUCCCACCGUUUCUUGAUAUCAUGUGGAGUGAAUCAAAAUGGCUGAAGACCCGCAUCUGUGACGCUGGAGCCAACCGAAUGAGGCUGAGAUGGACCAUCCCCUUGGCAUGAACCGAUAUUGUCAUGGACAGAUGCAUGGCAUGCUGAAAUCGCACCCCCCCCCCCCCCACCACCACCACCAGAGGACAUUCUGUACCCUUGCCACCUUUCAGUGCUCCUUUCCAGUGGGGGAAUACCGAUCCAUCAGCUGAGAGAGGAUGGUGCGUGGUAAACAUCCACGUUGAAACUGAGAGACUUCAUGGGAUCUGGAGUCAACUCUGAGGGCUCCUAGGGCACAUCCCUCCUGACUGAUGGUGGGAGAAGACAGAUAUCCGGGGAUGGUGGUGUUGUUGUCUGGGACACUGCCUAUAAGGUAUGAUUCUGUGAGUGUGACUAUGUCAGACUGUUGCUUGACCAGUCUGUGAGACUGGUUUUCCAGUCCUGGUGCUAGGUCUCAGACGCUAGUGAGGAGGACUUUUCAGGGUCGACAGAGCUGUUUCUGCCGUUGUCUUUUCCGAUUUUCUCGAUCGAUGCCAGGCAGUCCGUCCAGUUUCAUUUCUUUGUUGAGGCUGAUACAACUGAAUGGCUUGCCAGGCCGUUUCAGGGGUAGCUGAGAGUCGCCCAAAUCGCUGUGGACCUGGAGUCACAUGUAGGCUAGACCAGAUGAUGAUGGCAGAUUUCCUUCCCUGAAAAGUGAGUCAAUUGCAUUUUUCCCUGACAAUUGACAGCGGUUUCAUGAUCAUCUUUUAGACUCCUAAUUCCGGGUUUUGUUGAGUUCUCAUUCCUCCACAUGCCCUGGCAGGAUUUGAAACAUGGUCCCCAGAAAAUUAGCUGAGGUUCCAGCGAUAAUACCCUUGGAUCAUCACCUCCCCACUAAUACACCCCUCCCUGUUACUGCCAUUGAGCACAUGUGCACUUACACACAACAGGGAGGAGUAUGUUAUAUGUGUGUGUGUGUGUCUGUGACACACUGGACCUCCAUCUGUACACCUACUGUCCUUUGUGCUCUCCCAAUUCCAGGGGUAGCACUCCAGCCCACAUGCAGAGCUGUGCCUGUGUGCUACACAAUCCUGGAACUGAAAUAAGUGGUGCUAAAUUCCUGAACAAUUACUGAAGCAGUGUGUAAUUAUACCCUUCGAGACGUGAUUCUGGAUUAGGUAAUUACAGUUUUAAUUUAAUUUGUUUGUUUGUCAACGUGUACGAGACACCAAAUGUGUAACAAAAAUCUACGAAAUGUCGAGUGUCACUACAUUGUGGUGAUGGUUUUAUUGGGAGCGAAGCUGUGCUCUCCUCUGGUCACAGCACUGGGUAUUAACAUGGGGAAGGUCAGAGCCAUGAGGAGAUUUACAUUCCCAGGGAGAUUUUAGCCUUGGUGUUCAAAGUUGGAGCAGAUUUUCAACAUUUCCAAAUACUCCUGGUUCCCAAUCUUGAUGUUACUGCCAUGGCAAAUAUUCACAGCCCAUUAUCUUACUGCUGAAUUGCGCACUCUCUAAGUUUCUGAAGAUUCUUCCAGUGCGUUGUCGGAGUGAGAGUUACAGAGCAGUGAGGUAUGUCCGUCGAUCCCUAGACUUCCAAGUCCACUGCCAUCCUUUACAUUUGAAUCACUUGGGAUGCACAGAAACAGGCCGUUCAGCCCAUCCAAUCCACAUUGGUGUCAAUGUUCUCCUCCAAUUGCCUCCCAUCCUUUCUCAACUAAAUCAGCCUCAGAGACCAGCUCCUCCCUCCCUCGCUCCUUGCUCCUCUUUAAAUACGUCUCUACCACUCGUUUAAACCAGUCCCUCUGAUCGCAGUCCCCGUGUGGGUAAGACCAGCAGAAUUGGGCCAAGUGACAUCUGGUUUGCUCUGACAUUCAAUGAGAUUGUGACUGUUCUGGUAAUCCUCAACUUCACUUCCCUGCCUUUCUAAACCACCCCCACCCCCCAAUACCCUUUUGACUUGUUUACUGAUUAAAAAUCUAUCUCAAAUUGAAUGUACUGAAUGAUCCAGCCUCAACAACCUUCUGUGGUACAGAAUUCCACAGAUUCAUGACCCUCAGAGAAAGGAAAUCCCUCCUUAUCUCUGUCUCAAACGGGUGACCCCUUAUUUUGAGAUUAUGUUCUCUCGGCCGAGACUCUCUGACAAGGGAAAACAACCUAUCCACAUCUACCCUGCCAAUUCCCAUAAGAAUCUUGUAGAGUCAAGUAAGGUUUCCACUUGUUCUGUUAUAUUCCAGUUACAAAAGGCCAAGCUCCUCAACCUCUCCCCAAAAGACAGUCCUUCAUAUCAGUUGUUAACCUGGUGGAUGUUCUCUGGAAUACCUCCAAUGUCAGUGUAUCCUUCCUUAGAUAAAGGGUGCAAAACUGUUCAUAAAUUUCCAGGUAUGGUCUGCCUAAUGCUUUGUGCAUUCGCAAAGCCUUCAGAUUUUAUAUCCCAUUUUCUUUGAAAUUGAGGUUUUUCCUGAAUUCCCAAUUGGAAUUCCUGCUAACCCUCUUCUAUUGAUGGCCUCCGAUUCUGCUUUUCCCACUCUCCCAAAACUUUUCUUCAUCAGAAAGACGGAGAUUGAGGGGGAACCUUAUUGAGGUCUACAAAAUCAUGAGAGGUAUAGACAGGGUGGAUAGCGAGAAGCUUUUUCCCAGAGUGGGCGACUCAAUUACUAGGGGUCAUGAGUUCAAAGUGAGAGGAGGAAAGUUUAAGGGAGAUAUGUGUGGAAAGUUCUUUACACAGAGGGUGGCGGGUGCCUGGAACGCGUUGCCAGCGGAGGUGGUAGAGAUGGGCACAAAAGCAUCAUUUAAGAUGUAUCUAGACAGAUACAUGAAUGGGCAGGAAGCAGAGGGAUACAGAUCCUUGGAAAAUAGGCAACAGGUUGAGAUAGAGGAUCUGGAUCGGCGCAGGCUUUGGAGGGCCAAAGGGCCUGUUCCUGUCCUGUAAUUUUCUUUGUUCUUUGGAAAGACUUCUUAGUUCACCCCUGGGUCUUUGAUUUCUUUUUUGUUUAGAAAAGGCACUUAGCCAGUUAAUCCUUUCCUGUUUCCUGUAUAAAUGUUCUUCCCUUUGGAUGUUAAAAGGUGGGAGAUAUUGUGCUGUCUAAGUGUGGGCAAACUGUAAAUUGAGGGUGUAAGGGGAGCUGACGGUGAUGUUCCUGGAUUAUUAAGGCAGUAACCUACGCUAAUAUCCUGGGAAAAUGGGUUCAGAUCCCACCAGGGUGUCUGGUAGAACUUAAAUUCAAUUUGACCAGGAAUUAAAAGCAAUGCUGAGUCAUGUUCGCUUAUUAUUGGUUGAAUAAACCAAAUUGGUUGAUUAAUGUCUUAUGGGCUGCUCAGUAAGGGAUUUGAGGGCUAUGGGUGGGCAGGGAGAAAGGGGGGAGAGGCAGGAAGGUGGAGUUCAGGAUCAUCAAAUCAACCAUUUUCUGAAGAAGGGUCUUGGCCUGAAACGUUGGCUUUCCUUCUCUUCUGAUGCUGCUUGGCCUGCUGAGUUCAUCCAGCCCUACACCUUGUUAUAUCAAAUCAACCAUGAUCUCAUUGAAUAGACUACUUUGGCUCCUACCUCUUAUGGUCUUCAUGGCCAUUAGGGAAGGAAAUCUGCUGGCUUGACCUGGUCUGGCCGCCAUAUGAGUCCAGACCCACAGCAAUGUGGUUGACCCUCUGAAAAGGCCAUUCAGUUCAAGAGCACCAAUCUCUAGCAAAAAGGGCCACCCUUCACAGGCAGGGCUUUGGAGAGCUGAUGUCCACCUACUGCCAGUGACGAGCUGGAGAAACUCAGCAGGUCCAGCAGCGUCUGUCGAGAGAAAACUGAAUCCCCAUUUGGUUGUGAAGUAGAUUCCUAUUCCAUAAUACGAUCAGUUAAAUGGGAUUGGGUGACAGCUAGUGAGGAAUCUGAUCCUCCUGUUCACCACAGAUAACUGACUGACAGAGCAGUACAAAACUGUCUCUUUUAUCAUAGAAUGUGGGUCAUAGCAGUCCCUCAGCUCACUUUAUGGAGCUUGAAUAUGAAAGGAGCUUAACUAUUUGCCUUUUCUCCUAAAAGUUUCCAUUGGUUUGACUUUGUUUGCACAUACGUGUGUGCGUGUACAUAUGUGUACAAGUGCGUGUUUGAAAUGAACUUCAAAUUUGUGGCUGUCAUUUUGGAAGUUUAAUAGGGAGCUGGAAGUAACAUUUCCAGUUUCGCCAACGGGAAUUCAGCUGGAUUGAGACAACACUUUGUGGAAGUCGUGUGGUUGUUGGAACGCUUAGCUUGGAGAAUAAUUUUAAUUCUGACCAAUCCUCUGUAACCUAAAUGUGUGAAUGUUUUCUAUUCCACAAGUAUUAAUGUGAUAUUAAAAUGA